UCUCGUCGCCAUGAAUAGCCUGUUCCAGGUCCUGUCUGGGGGAGUCUUCGUGUUUGUCUACGCGGACGACAUUCUUCUGAUGGCAGUGGGUGACACCCAUAGGAUUCCACGCAUCAGGAUACAGGCAGCUACCAAUGCCAUCGGCCGGUGGGCGGCCGAGAGAGGAUUUAGACUUUCAGCGCAGAAGAGCGGCCAUAUGGUGAUUUGCAGCGAUAGACAUCAGGGUCCCAACUCCAGGGUCCAGCUAUACAAAAACAACAUUCCCCGCCGAAAAACGCUAAAGAUCCUUGGAGUGUUUGUUGACCACAAACUUAACUUCCUCCGCCAUUUCGAGGAAGUUAAGAAGAGCUGUGCCACCCGGAUGAACCUUCUGAAAACCAUUUCCAAACCGCACCGGAGCAACAACAGAAAUAUUCGGCUACGGGUGGCUAAAGCCAUCAUCAGCAGCCGCCUCACCUAUGGCCUUGAACUGACGUGUUUGGCUGGAGACAAGCUCCCAAAAUCUCUGGCACCGAUCUACAACAAAGCACUACGGACUGUCUCCGGUCUCCUGCCAUCAACACCAGCUGCCUCUGUCUGCGCCGAAAUUGGAGAACCUCCUUUCGAUCUGAUCAUAGACUCGGCGAUCGUAGCCAGGACUGCCAGUUUCUUGUCGAAAACCAGCGGUAGAGGGGAGACCCACGCCAACCUCCCCCCAGUGGCAAAACAAUCCUGGUUUGGUGCGAACGACUGGAGGUUCCCAACUGUUCUCGUCGAGAACGGUAUUAGGGACAACUUUCGAGCCAGGGUGAGCUCGAUCGGUCUGCUAGAAUAUUUCAAGGCCAUCAUAGCAGAAAAAUACCGUCUCCACGAGAUCAGAUACUCGGACGGCUCAAAAGGACCAUCGGGAGUUGGAUUUGGGGUAAGCGAUAAUAAUAAUAGUCUGAUUUCCAGCAAGAAACUCGCGGACAUCUGCCAGGUCUUCUCGGCCGAAGUGGCCGGCAUCUUCGAGGCAACUACAACUUCAUCUUCCAAGCCGUUGUUGGUCGUCUCCGACUCGGCAAGCGCCAUUGAUGCCAUCGGUGCGACCAGGUCCAAACAUCCAUGGGUACAGGCCAUCAGGAAGAACAUAUUGCCCGACACUGUGCUCAUGUGGGUCCCCGGACACAACGGCAUCGCAGGGAAUGAAGCGGCCGACCAGUUUGCCGGAAUUGGUCACACCAGACCGUUCUUCACUCGGGAUGUGCCGCUUGACGAUGUGAAGUUGUGGAUCACCAACUCUUUCCGCACCUUUUGGACCGAAAGGUGGUUUGCAGAGAGGGGGCAGUUCCUCAGAAAAGUCAAGGGCACGAUUGUCAGGUUUGACGAUGUUAAAGGAAUGAGAGAACAACGAAUCCUGUCCAGAUUGAGGACCGGUCACUGCUCGGUCUCACACGGAUUCAAUAGAGGACCCUUCCAUCUACUCUGCGACCUCUGCCAAAUCCACAACUCCGUCGAGCACUUCUUGUGUGGUUGCCCGAAAUUCGAUGAUCUACGAAACCUACAUGGAAUCAGCGGGAGUGUAAGGGAAAUCUUGAAGGACGAUCCAGCAAGAGUAGCAGCACUUGUCUGCUACCUAAAAGAUGCCGAACUAUUUUUUAAGAUCUAGCGUCUGAACAAUGGAUCAGUCAAGAAGAUCCUUGUUCCUUCCCCUCCACGAUGAAGGGGAAUAAGAACACGCCGGCAUCUUCAACGGCACGGCUUCCUCUCCACUGGCCUGGAGCCAUGGUCCGAGGACAUCCAUGCCAUCUGGUCCAACAAGCAAACAGCAAGUUCUUUGUUAAGUCAUGUCUCGCAAAAGGAUUUAUAUGUGUUAAAUUUUUACGUCCAAUUUUUAUGUGAUAAUUUAUGUGCAAU